AUGUCAUGUUCGUUGUUUGACAAUCUGCUGGAACGUUGCGCGGGUUUGGUUUCCUCCGUGGAUGUCAGCAAGAAUUUAACUAUCAGCAAACUGCGUGGUCUUGUGAAUGUGAGGUUGAAAUGGGUGAAAGAUAGGGCAUUGGAUUUUGUUGUGGCUUCUGAGAGGGAUCUCAAGGCUGCCAGCAUUCUCGUUUCCAUUAUUUCUUCCUCACCUCAGUGCUGCAUCCCUGUAUACCGGCUCACUUGUCAUCGAGGACAACUCGGUCUUCCUCACGAUCUGAAGCUCGCUACUUUUAUUAGGAGGUACCCAUCUGUUUUUGUUGAGUCCUAUGAUUUUUGGGGCGGAGGCGCUCGAGUCCCGUGCUUUAGCUUGACUCCUGAAGCCCUACAGCUACACCAAGAGGAACUCAAUGUCCUUAAGCAGAAUCAAUUGGAUUUCAUUAAUAGGCUUCGAAAACUGCUCAUGCUCACCCGGGGUUGGACCCUUCCUUUACAAACCCUUGACCAACUGAAAUGGGACCUCGGUUUGCCAUAUGAUUACAUUCAUACUGUGAUCCCGCAUCACCGUGACCUUUUCUCUUUUGUACACCUCCCUGAUGAUCGUGUUGGCUUGAAGCUCUUAUCCUGGGAAAAGGACCUUGCUGUCUCCCAAUUGCAAAGGAACUCCGGCCGACAACAGAAGGAAGAAGAUGUAAGAAGUGGCUGUUUAGCUUUUCCAGUUGGAUUUACAAGGGGUUUUGGAUUGAAGAGAAAAUGCAUGGAGUGGUUGAAAGAGUGGCAGACCCUCCCUUAUACCUCUCCGUACUCUGAUGCCUCCCAUUUAGAUCCUCGUACAGAUGUAUCCGAGAAGAGGAUUGUAGGGGUCUUUCACGAGCUUCUUCAUCUAACUAUAAACAAGAAAACUGAGCGUAAGAAUGUGAGCAACCUUCGCAAACUGGCCCUACCUCAAAAGUUCACUAAAGUGUUUGAGCGCCAUCCAGGUAUUUUCUACAUUUCAAAUAAAUGUGCCACUCAAACUGUCGUUCUAAGGGAAGCCUAUGACCGUCAAAAACUAUUGCAAAAACACCCUACGGUCGAAUUGAGGGAAAACUUUGCAAAGCUGUUAAGAAAAGGGUUCCUAGAUAGGAGCAAAGGUUUAUACAAGAAAAAUAAAGGUGAUGGUAUCGACGUGGAUCCACAUGUUGAUGGUAUUGGUAAUAACCAAUUCAGUUCUGAAGAAGAGUCAGAUAACAAUUUGUUUUAUGAGUAUGACUCGGAUGAGCAACAUGAACCUAGGAUUCAUUUGUGAAGAGGAUUGGGUCGAGGGGAUUCAUCGCUUCUGGACACCAUAUGUGGGAUCAGUCUCAUGAUCACUGCCAGAAUUUUGCAAAUAAUGUCUUGCUUCUGAUCUUCUGAUUAUACUCCACCGCUGUGUUUUGCAAUUGAGGUCGUAGUUGCUUGCUAAGGAGGCAGCUCUUGAUCAGAGUGAAAUCCCCGUCCUCUCUGCUACGGUAGCUAAGAAUCAAUCUAUUUUGCCUAAAGCUUCAUUCUUUCAUGGAGUGUCUGGUCCCAGUUUUCGGAAGUCAAAUUAUUCUACUGCACGUCAUGAGGGUUCAAUUUAUAGAGGUCAUGUCAGAGGAAGAUUUUAUUUCAACACUACCAGAAGAUUUCCUAAAUUGAAGCCUGCAUCUUCUCUGCAAUCUGUCCGUAAAGCACAGUUUCCUGUUUCUGAUUACAAUGGAACUCGACUUGCCACGUUUGCUUCAGAAAAAGUGAACUACGCUUCAGAUUGUUAUCAGACGUGCAAAUCACUGUUCAAUCACCUUCUGUUGCAUCGAACCAUGCCAUAUAUGUCAGAAGAUUGGGCAUACUGCUCUCGUUUCUCAUUGGUUUUCACAACGACGACUACACUAAGCAACAAAAGGUUCCUCCUCCGACCAUCAUUGGACUGCUAUGAGUGCCAAUACAACGGUUCCACCUUGCUCCUGCAGGAUUGCUGGGUUACGAAUUCCGGUGCCACGUAACGUACGAAUCAUAUGAUGCAGAUUUCUCAAAUUCAUCAUUUGGCAACAUCAUAUGCAAGCACUCAAGCAAUUACAACUUCCAGUGGCUCAGGUUUCUGAAAGAUGUAUAGUUUCUUCAACCGGGAACUUGCAUCUCAAACUGUAUAUUUUUGUUCUUUGUUCACUUUUGAAAUUGAAUUCGUAAAUUUCAUUUGGUUGCUCCAGUUAUUUGAAAUUUAUUUAUUCACAUAAAAUUUGUGCCCCUCAGGCUGAA